UGUACACGAAKGGGACAGGAAGGGGCAGGCACAGGUGUAGGUAAGAGCUGAAUACAUGUGUGUAUGAGAGCACAGCAUGAAGGCAGAGCACCAGCACAUGAAUACACAGUUGUUCGUGUGACUGCCUGGAGGCGUGUGUACCACAGCUGUGAACGUGUGUGAGGGCAACUUUGCUUGAAUCUGGUCAGUGCUUGAAGAGGACUUGUUAAGGUCCCUUGCAAUCAUGAUGAAGUCUAGAAGAGUGCAGGYGCUCCUGACCCUGGUAGUUCUGUCCUUCUUUCUGAUCCACUUCCUACCCUGCAGCAACAACCCCCACACAGAAGAAAAACCUUCUCCUGUCCACAUCCUCAUUCUCUCAUCCUGGCGGUCAGGAUCUUCCUUCACUGGACAAAUCUUCAGCCAGCAUCCCAGUGUCUUCUACUUGAUGGAGCCCGCAUGGCAUGUUUGGGUUAAGAUGUACCAGAACAGUGCCAAAGUCUUACACAUGGCAGUUCGGGACUUAGUCAGGUCUGUCUUUCUGUGUGACAUGUCUGUGUUUGAUGCUUAUAUGUCCAGCCAAAAGAAAAAGUCUGAUUUAUUUCAGUGGGAGACAAGCCGAGCCUUGUGCUCCCCACCUGCCUGUGACUCAUUCAGUCGCAGUGACAUAAUCACUGCAGGCAAUUGCAAAACAAUCUGUGGCAAGUACCCAUUCAGCAAGGUGGAAGAAGCCUGUAAAACCUAUAGCCAUGUUGCCAUCAAGGAAGUUCGGUUCUUUGACCUGAAAGUUCUCUAUCCCCUUCUCACUGAUCCAUCCCUGAACCUCAGAAUCAUUCACUUGGUACGAGAUCCUCGGGCUGUGUUCAGAUCUCGAGAGAAUACAAUGGCAGACCUGAAACGUGACAGUAACAUUGUUGUGGGGUCUCAGAAGACAAAGGGAGAAAUGGGGCCCUACAACACAAUGCAAGUAAUCUGCAAAAGCCAUGUUGAGAUAUACAAGGCAGGAAGUCAAGCCAUUCCCAGCUUCCUGAAAGACCGGUACCUGCUUGUUCGCUAUGAAGACAUUGUCAGAGACCCGCUAGCAAGGGCUGCUCAGAUGUAUAGGUUUGCAGAACUCCAUUUCACACCAGAGCUUCAGAAAUGGGUCCACAACAUCACCCAUGGGAAGGGUCAUGGAGCACAGGCCUUUGAUAUUGGGUCAAGAGAUGCACUGAGAGUAUCCCAGGCCUGGAGGAAGACAGUUCCCUUCCAGAAAAUAGAAAAAGUGCAAAAGGUGUGCAAAGAUGCGAUGGACUUGUUGGGCUACCGGCUUGUUGAGUCUGAAGAAGAGCAGAAAAAUAUGUCUUUGGAUCUUUUGUUUGCGCAGAACUCCUCUGAGUAUCAAAUUCUGAAGGCAGAAAAGCUGGUCUCUAAGCCUACUCUCUGAGGGCUGCAUAGUGCAGAACUGAAGCCAAAGAGGACAGAGGUGUAGGAAGUGUAGAGUGUAGGAAGUGUAGAGUGUAUGCAUGGAUGUGCAUGGAUGCAAGGACAAGUAAUACAAGAACCCUGACUCCAUUCAGGAGAGCUCUCAGCAGUACUGGAUCACUCUCCAAGACCCCUGGAGACUCAGCCACAAUGGAGGCUAAAGUAAUGCAAGUUUGUUUUCCAAAUUAAUUAUGUUUAGGUUGGAGCAUACAGCAUACCAAAGGAGUAGGACCAGAUAGCAGAGUUCAAACCCCACACAAGACCACCAGCUGAAAACGAGGGAAACCACAGGGAGCAACUGCACUGCAAAGGAAGAGGAAAUAUAAAAGGAAGCUGAAUAAAGAGAACAUUAUUUGUCAUGCUGCCACACAGGAUACAUAGUGCCAGGAAAGACACAAGGAUGACCAGACAUUUGGUUUCUGGAAAGAUGUUGGGUUUU